AAAACAAUCUCUUCCACGAGAAUGACAGAUCACUUGAUGGGAAAAACGUUCUUUCGCGACAACCGCAGCCAAUCUCUGCAGCAAAUGGCAUCAAAAAUCGUGGCGACAGCCACAGUGCGUGCUGUAAAGCAUCGGAAGCUGCUUCCAAUGAGAGCUGCACUAUCUCUGACACCGGCAGCAGUGAACAGGAUAAAGCAAUUGCUUGAAGGCAAAAACGAAUUUAUUGGCCUAAAGGUUGGUGUACGACAACGAGGAUGCAAUGGAUUAUCUUACACGCUGGAUUACGCCUCAACAAAAGACAAAAUGGACGAAGAAGUCGUACAGGAUGGGGUGAAAGUACUUAUCGACAAGAAGGCACAAUUAUCCCUUUUAGGCACCGAGAUGGAUUAUGUAGAAACGGAGCUCUCAUCGGAAUUUGUAUUUAAUAAUCCCAACAUCAAGGGCACGUGUGGGUGUGGCGAAUCUUUCAGCAUGUAAUUGAAGACAUAGUACGAAACAGUUCGUCGUUCUGUAUAAGUAGCUUUGCUGUGCCCUUCUCCCAUUUUUAUGGGGCUUGUUAAUUUAGAUUUGUAAAAUCUAGCUUGAGGAAAUCCACUUUGUCUUGUACAUAACACAACCUAGCUUAGUAGCAUUAUUUUGAGUGUAAUAAAUUAGAUGUGUUGAUAAUUUGAA